GGCCAGCGGUAUGCAGGAGCGGCUGUAACGUCAGAGACUGAGGUAAUCUGGGCGGAGCCCUUGCCCCCAGGGACAUCGGCCCAAAGAGCCGAACUGGUAGCACUCACCCAAGCCCUCACCCUAGGGGCAGAGAAAAAACUAACAGUAUACACGGAUAGCCGCUAUGCCUUUGCCACGGCGCACAUACAUGGGGCCAUCUACAGGGAGAGGGGACUAUUAACAGCUGAAGGCAAAGAAAUAAAAAACAAGCAAGAGAUCCUAGCUCUAUUAACUGCUUUGUGGAAACCAAAGAAAUUGGCUAUUGUACAUUGCCCUGGGCAUCAGAAACCAACUACGCCAAUUGCCCGAGGCAACUUCUUAGCCUACCAAACCGCACGGAGCAUAGCAAAGGCUCCCAGUCAGCUCCUUGCGCUCCAGCUCUCUGAUCCAGGCCCGCGAGACUUGCCAUGUUUUCCCGAUUACUCUGAACAGGACCGCAAGUGGAUGGACACGCUUCCCCUAAAGCAGGUUCAGAAUGGGUGGUGGACUGAUAUCGAUGACCAAAUCAUCCUACCAGAAAAAUUAGGAUGGCAGGUAUUGGAACACAUCCACCGGACAACCCACCUGGGUGCCCAGCGAAUGAUAGACUUAAUCAGGCACGCCAAGUUCAGGAUCAGGCGCAUAGCUGAACUGGCCAGCAAUGUUACAACAAAUUGCAAAGUCUGCCAACUGAACAACGCUUACCCCCGAACCCAAGCCACUUCAGGGACCAGGUUUAGAGGAACUAGGCCUGGCGUCUAUUGGGAGAUAGAUUUCACAGAGGUAAAACCCGGGAAAUAUGGGUAUCAGUACUUACUUGUCUUUGUAGAUACUUUUUCAGGAUGGACAGAAGCAUUCCCAACUAAGAGAGAAACUGCUCAGGUUGUAGCAAAGAAAAUUUUGGAAGAAAUCCUCCCCAGGCAUGGCUUUCCCGUCCAGAUAGGGUCAGACAAUGGACCAGCCUUUGUUGCUAAGCCUUACAGAAAAUUCACCAGGAAAUUUGGCCCAGGCUACGAGAACUGUACAAAGCAGGACCUCCACCGACGCCCCAUCCGUUCCAGCCAGGAGACUGGGUCCUAGUCAAGCGCCACCGGCAAGAAACUCUCCAACCCAGGUGGAAAGGACCACUGCAAGUACUCCUGACUACUCCCACCGCUGUCAACGUAGAAGGCAUCACUUUGUGGAUCCACUACACACACGUCAAACCAGUGGACCCAACAUCCGACCUUCUUGGGCCCUAUGGAGCACCGGUUACAUGGACUGUAGACAAAGCUAAGAACAAUCCCUUAAAGCUAACCCUGCGCCGUCAUCCCCACAGCCGUAACCAUGUCCAGCUUACCAAUGUUCUUAUAUCUUAUGCAUCUAACUCUCCUCACUGCUGCGCCGUCUAAUCCCUAUGUCUGGAGGUUUUGGCUCUAUGAAAACAAAACUCACCCUGGGGAAACCCCCCAGGCGGGUAAACUGCUAGCUAGUGCAGACUGCCCCCCGCUCCGGGUGCAGUACUCCGAUUUACCUCCCUGUAUCGUGACCCAUACCAAGAAAAAUAUCCCUACUGCUAUUCGGCACAUAGCAACAGCCUCUGCAACCAAUCGGCUGCAAGAAUGCUGUUUCUAUAUAAAUGAGUCAGGAUUAGUUGAGGAGAGAGUCCAACGUCUACAUAAACUAAGCUUAGAAAUGAAAAAGCAACAGUUUACUACAGCAGCUAAUAAUUGGUGGAACUCUUCCAUGUUUUCUCUUCUAGCACCUUUCAUAGGCCCCCUGAUGUCUUUACUGCUUCUGCUGACUAUAGGCCCCUGUGUAGUAAAUAAAAUUCUACAAUUUGUUAGACAAAGAUUUGAUACCAUCCAAUUAAUGGUCCUCCGCAGCCAUUACCAACCCCUUCCUCACCCUGAAGAAGAGAUCACUCUAUGACAGUUCAGGGUCCAGGAUUGGACACUCAGUUACUUGUGAGAGGGGGAAAUGAAAGGGCACAGGAUGCAAGCCCACUCCACCCUGUUGCUAAACCUUUGUCCUGCUCUCACAAACAUAUGGUAAAGAUGUUGUAAGUUCCUGUUUUUCUGUGGCAUGGCAGGGUCACAGGACGCGUUUAAGUAUUACCUGCUAAACCCGUCGUGAAACCUGUCACAAUAUGAUUAACUGCCUUUGUGUGAGGCUGCUUUCCCGCCCCAGGUUUGCGAAAACAAGCCCUGCCCUGUCCUGCGAGCCCCUUGAUAAACGUCAUCAGAGUUUUGAAAUUAACGGAAAUAUCAGAAAUGGCGGGAACCAAUCAUAAUAAGCUGAAUCGCCUUGUUCAAAUAUCAGCCAAUCAUGCAUCCAGUUUGUACAAUGACUCUGUGCCUGUUUACCCCAGACUAUAUAACACUGUCCUGAGCCCAGUUAGAGAGCUCUCCUGCCCGGCUCAUUUCACAAGUGAGUGAGAGCUCCAGGUUCGAACCUGUAAUAAAGAUCCUUGCUGCUUGGCUUUGA